UAGCCGGCACUAAGUUUUUUCGAUGUCAUUCUUUUUCCGCCGGGAAUAGAGUAAGAUAAUUUGCUGCAAUUGGGAAAUCAUCCAGUUUUUCAUGUCCAAAAGUAAAUCAAAAGAUCCGUGUAAAAUUGCAGCCUGUCGGAUACAGACUUGUUUGAAAGAGCACGAUUUCGACGAGGUGAAAUGUUAUGAUGUUAUCGACGAUAUGCGCCAGUGCUGUCUGAAGUGGCACAAGGUAUCGCUUUGCUGUUCCGGAAUACAACUGGAUCGUGAUUACAAAGCCGAGAAAGUAACUGCAGAACAAGAGCGAAGCAAUCAGUCGAAAAAGUAACACAGCUCGGAAUGAAUGCGGACCCUCGUCGCCCUUUCCGAAUUCCGAAGCGAAACUGGUUCCAGCGCAAUCCACGAACAUUCAGCUCCCUGGUAACCGGUACAGCACUAUUAAUCUUUUUUUCAAAACCGCUGU